CCUGGGUAGCCAAUCUGCUUGAGCUUUGGGGUGAUAAUUAUUCAUGGGCUCCUGCCUCUUGCUCUUUCUCUCCCACAGUCUCCACUCUGCAGACUCAGUGCCUUAUUCAGUCCUGUCUUUCGCUCUCUGGGCUGCUGCAGCUGGAUCCUUCGCCUUCGCCUCUGCUCAGCAUCUUCUGCACAUCCCCUACCAUGGCUAAAACAGCAAUGGCCUACAAGGAAAAAAUGAAGGAGCUGUCUAUGCUGUCACUGAUCUGCUCUUGCUUUUACCCAGAACCUCGCAACAUCAACAUCUAUACUUAUGAUGAUAUGGAAGUAAAGCAAAUCAAUAAACGUGCCUCUGGCCAGGCUUUUGAGCUCAUCUUAAAGCCACCAUCUCCCAUCUCUGAAGCUCCACGAACUUUAGCUUCUCCAAAGAAAAAAGACCUGUCUCUGGAGGAGAUUCAGAAAAAGCUGGAGGCUGCAGAGGAAAGAAGAAAGUCACAGGAGGCCCAGGUGCUGAAACAAUUGGCAGAGAAGAGGGAACAUGAGCGGGAAGUCCUUCAGAAGGCUUUGGAGGAAAACAACAACUUCAGCAAAAUGGCGGAGGAAAAACUGAUCCUGAAAAUGGAACAAAUUAAGGAGAACCGUGAGGCUAAUCUAGCUGCAAUUAUUGAACGCCUGCAGGAAAAGGAGAGGCAUGCCGCAGAGGUGCGCAGGAACAAGGAACUCCAGGUUGAGCUGUCUGGCUGAAGUGAUGAGGGUACAGCACACCCCACCAUUAGUAAAUCCCCCUGCCUAUAUUAUAAUGGAUCAUGCGAUAUCAGUUUGGGAAAUGUAUGACAUGGUUUAAAAAGAACUCAUUAUAAAAAGCGAAAAAAAAAAGAAUCAAAAAUAAAAAAAAUCAAUGCAGUCUCUUUGCAGAAUGUUUUGCUUGAUGUUUAAAAAUACCUUGGAUCUUAUUUUGUAAAUACUUACAUUUUUGUUAAAAAAUACAAGUAUUGCAUUAUGCAAGUUAUUUCAUAAUCUUACAUGUCCUGUAACAGGCUUUUGAUGUUGUGUCUUACCACUCAAAUGAAUUUGCUAGGUCUGUUCUUUUUUGCAGCUCCCCAUGUCUAACUCCAUUCCCUGCCCUUUUCAUUCCAACAGAAAAAAUGAGGUCAGUAGACAGUCCAUGGUGCUAGAAACCCACCAUUGCCUAAUGACCUAGAAGGCUUUAUAAUCUCCUAAAACCAUGCCUACAUCACACGUACUAACUCUACAAGAACCUCCACAUUUGUUGUUCAUAAUCUACCUACUGCCUAAAAAUCUAUAUUAAAUAAAACAAAAGGCUAAAAAAAAAACCACCAAUCAGCAUUUACUUCUGCAUCUAGUGGAUUAUGUGCUCAAAUGUGAAAGGGAUGGAUGAGAAGACAGACCUGAGAUCAAUCUGGGUAGAAGCAAAAAACUAAAAGAGGCAUCUUUGAAGUUGCUGAACACUGAUCCAAGUCAGCUGUGAAAUUGCUUUUCAUGAAGUGGGCUUAAUUCUUUUCAGUUCUUUUGACGGAAUGAAUUAAUAAUGUGUCAGGUGGCUUAUUUGUGGAUGCCAUGAUUGAUAAUGUUCCUUUUAAUUUCUUACCUAUAGUACAAGUACAUGAUACUACUGAAUAUUUUCCACUUGAAAACUGUGAGCCGGUUGUUACAUUAAAGCAUCGAUACAAACAAAAUCAAAAAAAAAAAAAAAAACACUGCGGACUUCCACUCAAGCUGGUCUUUCUUCCCCAGUGUGAGGCCAUCCUGCCUAUUAAAAAAAAAAAAGUUACUCCAUCUGUGAGGGUUGACAGUUGAGGGGAGUUAGGCAGGCCAUUUGUGCCAACUCAAAGAAUCACCAGAUACUCUCCACUAGUAACUAUCACAGUUUUUGAAGUCGUUUCUCCCCAAAAUCCCAACUCCUGAAGGUUGCUGCCUGCAUAUUUACUCUUCAUUAGUGCUACUUUCCUGUAUAUGUCAUUGUGAGCAAGCUGUGAUUAAUAAAGAAUUGGAGUUCUGUGAACUAAUAAA